AUGUCAGCACAGACAGCAGAAAGCUGGUUCUCUCCAGAUUCCAGCACUCGUCUUUAUACGAAGACCUGGACGCCUCCAUCUGGAACCGAUAGCCGAGCUCGUCUUGCUUUCGUACAUGGCUUCUCUGAUCACUGCAAUGCAUAUUACAACCUGUUUCCAUCUCUAGCCAGCCGCGGCAUUAUAGUGCAUGCCUUCGACCAGCGAGGAUGGGGUCGGUCUGUGUUACACAAGUCGCAACGUGGGGAUACGGGCCCCACCCGCACAGUGCUUAGUGAUAUUAGAAGUUUCCUCAACCAUAUCGCCUCUCUUUCGGAGGCAUCCGUCAACGGCCAGAGUUUCGGAUCUACACCUCUCUUCCUGAUGGGUCAUUCUAUGGGUGGCGGCGAGGUCCUGCUUUUAUCACUCCUUCAAUCACAGCAAGAUCAAGUACCCCCCAUAUCUGGGAUACUGCUUGAAUCUCCUUACAUUGCUCUGCACCCAUCUGCGCAGCCUAACACCUUCACCAUCCAGGCUGGUAAACUUGCUGCGAAGGUUCUGCCAAAACAUCAGCGUCUCGAGAAAUUGGACGCAAAGAAAGUUUGUCGUGAUCCACAGGUGUGUCGAGACUGGGAAGAAGACGAGUUAUGUCACGACACUGGCACUUUAGAGGGUCUGACUGAGAUGGUACAGCGGGCGGCUGAUUUGACAAGCCUAGCUAACGGUCAGGCGGUGCGAGGUCUUGGUCUAAAGACAAUGCUCGGCAUUCAGCAACCAGGAUCGGAGUCCCUCCCGAUCUGGAUAGGCCAUGGCACUGGAGAUCUGGUCACCAGCUGCUCAUAUAGUCAAACUAUGUUUGAGAAACUGGACGUCAAAGAUAAGACCAUCAAGCUUUACGAAGGUGCUUACCACAAGCUGCAUGCGGAACCGUACGGUGUGGCGGAAGAAUUUGCGAAUGAUGUUGCAAAGUGGAUUCUGGAAAGGACGGAUCUUGGAAGACACGAGGCAGGAGACGAAAAUGACAUCAGACCGAAGCUUUGA